GCCAACCACAGGGUGACGCAAAGGCUGGCAGACUCCAGCUCCACAAGCCAUUUGCACCUGCGUAAGAGGCGCAAGCGGAGCCUGAGCAGCAGCAGCAGCCGACCCGAGAGAGGCUCCCCGCGGACGCCGCCCUUUCUUCUCCCUCCUGCCGCCGCUGCCGCCUCCUUUCCUCGCCCAUCCUCCGACCCACGGAGAGAGCCCAGCCGGGAUGUCUUCGCCGCCGGGUCGCCCCAGCUCCUCCGGGGAGCACUGGGUUGGCGACGGCGCCGAGGACGAGAGCGCGGCUGCCGGAGCUCCGGCGAGGCGCGGCGAUGGCGAAGGCGCAGGAGCAGCGGCGGCGCUCGGCUUCUCCAAGGAACCCCCGCCCGUUUCCAUGGCGACUGCAUCCACAGGAGGCAUGGCGGCUUCUCACUUCUAUGAUUAUAGUUCUUCCAAGACAUCAGAAAGGGGCAAUGGCUCCUUUUACACUUCCCUGAUUUCCGAUGACUUCUAUGCAUCUCAGGAUUCCUCUUACUUCACCAGCAACCUGCCCAAAGCGGGCAGCCAGGUUACGACUUCAGACAGCACGGAAGGAUUUCACACCCAGGACGGGGCUGCGUUCGAGUCCCGCGGCCUGUUCAGCUCCGAUUCGGGGAUAGAGAUGACCCCGGCAGAAUCCAGCGACGUCACCAAAACCUUUGCUGACCCCAUGGAGCAGAUGAAGUCGGACGCUUAUAAAUACAUGGACAUCAGUCGAUCGGAAGAGAUCAAAUGUCAAGAGAGGUGUGACACAGGCUUGGGAGAUGUGGGGCCUCCGAGCUUGAAUAACAAAUGCCUGGAGGAUAUUGCUGGACCUAAAGGGACAGUUUUUGAGGGAAAACCUUGGGCCAAAGAGCCAGGUUUGUUUGAGGGGUCAACUUUUCCAUCUGAGACGUUUGUCGGCCAGCAACGCCACCCCACUGUAACAGCGCCCGUCAAGAUUACGCUGACUGAGAUAGAAACCUUAGAGGGGCCUGUUGCAAAGGAGAAAACACCAGAAAAGCAAGAGGCAGGCCUCAAACCAAGCCACGAAGUGGUCCCCACGGUGACGGUGUCCGAGCCAGAAGACGAUAGCCCGGGCUCUAUUACACCACCUUCUUCAGGGGCAGAAGCUUCUGGCGCAGAGGCCCAAGGUAAGGGAAGCCUGUCUGAAGACGAGCUUAUCAGUGCCAUUAAAGAAGCAAAGGGCUUUCCCCACGAACGCCCAGAAGGCCAGAGGUCUCCAGCUGUUGCGCCAGACAAGCAAGGUCCUAAAAAGAAGGUUCCGGAAUUUGCAGCCGGCGGCCCUCCUGGAGACAACGAAGGGAGCAGCGCCGAGUCUGGCGACUCCGAGAUAGAGCUGGUCUCAGAAGACCCCCUGGCCGCCGAGGAGGUCCUCCACUCCAAUUACAUGACCUUCAGCCACGCCGGGGGCCCUCCUCCCUCCCCGGCUUCUCCUUCAAUACAGUACAGCAUCCUGAGAGAGGAGCGUGAGGCCGAACUGGACAGCGAGCUCAUCAUCGAGUCAUGCGACGCCUCGUCGGCCUCUGAGGAGAGCCCGAAGCGGGAGCACGACUCGCCCCUGAUGAAGCCCGUCAUUAUGGACAUCAUCCAAGAGGAGAGCCACUCGAGGAACGAGAACAGCAGGGCUUCAAAUUACCACGUAAGCAGCUCGCAGGAGAGCAGGAUGAACAGGGAGAAUCUCGCGGAUUCUGCCGCCUACCUGAAGUGCUCCUUCACCUCGCCCAAAGCGAACCCUGACCCAACGCCUGCUUCGGCUGUUGGCGAUGAAGAGACAAAGGACAAAGUAGCAGAGAAGAAAUCGGCCGAGGCGGCAGCAGCUGUUGCCGCAAACAAACCAUCGUCCAAAGACCCAGCGGCAAGGAGUCCCUGGCCUUCCCCACCGCUCCCGUUUCUAAAUAAGCAGAAAGCUAUCGACCUGUUAUACUGGCGUGACAUCAAGCAGACAGGCAUCACGUUUGGGAGCGUCCUGCUGUUGCUGUUCUCCCUGACCCAGUUCAGCGUCGUCAGUGUGAUUGCGUACCUGGCGCUAGCGGCUCUCUCGGCCACCAUCAGCUUCAGAAUCUACAAGUCAGUCCUACAGGCUGUGCAGAAAACCGAUGAAGGCCACCCAUUCAACUACUUGGAACUGGAAAUGUCGCUCUCCCAGGAACAGAUUCAGAAAUACACAGAUUGCCUCCAGUCGUACGUGAACUGCACAGUCAAAGAACUCAGGCGGCUUUUCCUGGUCCAGGACCUGGUGGAUUCCUUAAAAUUUGCAGUACUAAUGUGGCUAUUGACUUACGUUGGAGCCCUCUUCAAUGGCCUAACUCUUCUGAUAAUGGCUGUGGUCUCAAUGUUUACUCUACCUGUCGUAUACGACAAGUACCAGGCACAGAUUGACCAAUACUUGGGGCUUCUGAGGACCCACAUAAAUACUGUCGUGGCGAAGAUUCAAGCAAAAAUCCCAGGCGCAAAGAGGAAGGCUGAGUAGAAACAGCAGCAAGAAUUCCUCACCUACAGGCGUGAAUGAUGAGGGGGUCUGGGAUGAAAACAGCUCUGUUCUUACUUUUUACUUAUAAUUUAUUGUUCGUCUCUCUCUCUCUUUCUCUCUCUCUCUGGGUGAAGGCAGACGUAAAAUAGAAAGAUUGCUUACAGAGUGUCCCUCAGCUGCAGUGUGAGCCUAAUUUCCUUCUGGCUUCAUCACAACCAAAAUGGCAGGCACACACAAGAGUGAAUUGAACACUGGUUCAACCGGCUGUCUGACUCUCCUCCCCCAGCCCCUCUUGCUUCAGGUUGGCUGUCCAGCUUUUUCUUUUUAAAAAUAAAAACGAGAACUUCACUUCAAUUUUCAGGCACUUUGGGUUUUUUUUUUAUUGCCUUCUUAAUUUCUUUUUUUUUUAAGUGCAGAAGUACUCCGGGGAUGGGGAGGGACGAGUGUCUAGGUGACAUCAUAGGGAGCCAGCCAAUCGGCACUGCGCACAGCCAGCUCCUGCUUCAGAAUUGCAGAACUCUUUCCCCCCCAUAAUAAUAAUAAUAUUUUCUUUUUAUACCCCGCCCUUCCUGAUUUGAAAACCGGGCUAACAGCAAAUAUGAAACAUUAAUUAAAAGCGACUUUAAAAACAGCGUAAAAAUACAACAUAAAUAUAGCAUCCAUGUCAAUAAAAUUUAAACAAUUCAGGGUCAUUUUUUGGGGGGUGGAACCCAGAGCUCGACCCUGGAAAGGAAAGGGACGUUUGGACUGGAUGCAGCCGAGGUGGCCGCCGGAGGUCUCCUCCGCUCUCAACAUGAUACAGUACAUCUGCCUUCACCCCUCUCUCUUUCAAACACCAUGAUCUCAGAGAUGUGAAACAACGGAGCAGCUGUUUUUUCUCCUCUCCCGCUGUUUCUGUACUCUCUUAGACUAUUUGCAAUCACGUGUGUCAAGCACUAAAGUAUAGUAAAGAGAAAAAGUGUUCUAAGUGUGGUUAUUGUGUUGCUUCUCAAGUGCAUGAUGGUGAGAGCCUAAAAAUACUAUUGAACUUUCUAUUUUUUAUUUCCUAGUGCUUCUCUUACUACUACUUCUUCUUCCUCCUCCUCCUAUUGGCAUUGCUUCGAUAACUUUUAAUGUUACAUGUCGCUAGGGCUUUCCUGCUUAGUGCACUGAUGCGGUUUUGCUUCUAUGUCCACUGGGUUUGCUGGUUGGGUUUAUCUUUACUAACUAUCUAGAAUCGUAGACAGACGUCCUUAAGUGUUGUUGUUUUUUUUCCAGCACAAGUAAUGAAAAACGAAAGAGAAACCGGUAAUGAUAUGGUUUAAGCCGUUUUGUAUAACUCUCUAAAAAAAGGGAGGGGGGAAAGAAAAAAGAAUCAAGCAAAACCAACCCACCCAGUCCUUUUUUUUUUUUGUUCUUAAGGGAUCAACAGGCUGAUCAACAUGUAUGGGAACUGAAGACUUCCAGCUUGUAACAUGUAUCACAAAUUUGUAUGACGUUCUCUGUAGGACUUAAUUAUGGACUCUGAAUAUUUGCACUUAUGUACUUGAUACCGAAUGCAGAAAUAAAUGUUACUAAAUGUUAAAAAAAGA